UGUAUAAAGCUUCUAAACUUGUACAUUGAUGCUCAGCUACCCCUUUGGAUCCAUUCCUGUUCUCUACAGAAGGUUGCAAGUGAAGCUCUUUGACAGUAGAUAAAGGCUCAUUUUAAGGGAGAUAUGAAGAGCAGUGUGUUACUUGCUAUACUCCUUGUUGCUGUGCCACUUGGCACAGCUUGGAAUGCCCAGUAUGCAGUGGAUUGCCCUGAACGCUGUGACAGCAAUGAGUGUAAGAGUACCCUGCGCUGCAAAAGGACUGUGCUGGAUGACUGUGGAUGCUGCAAAGUAUGCGCAGCAGCUGUUGGUGAGACCUGUUACCGAACAGUUUCUGGCAUGGACGGUGUUAAAUGUGGGCCUGGUUUGAGAUGUAAUUUCUAUACAGAAGAAGAUGAUUUUGGAGAUGAAUACGGCACUUGCAGAGAAUGCCCAUAUGGAACCUAUGGAAUGGAGUGCAGAGGCACAUGUAACUGUCCGUCUGGAAUAUGUGACAGAGUAACAGGAAAAUGCUUGAAGUUUCCAUUUUUUCAACUAACUGGAGGCAAACCUGCAAGUAAAUUUAGGAUUCCUCCUAGUUCAGAUUCUGAAAUGGCUUCUGGUGAUGGAAACAACGUUAAGGAUGAAUUUUUAAAAGAAAAAGCUGUUCGUGCACCUGGAAUAAAAUGGCUGAAUCCGCGCUGAUUUUAAAAAUCAAUGUCUGGACUUUGAAGGUGAUUUCAUUCUCCAUUGCAGCCAAACAAUGUAAUGGAAAAGUACCAGAACAAACUCUGAAUGUAAAAAAAAUCAAAUCUCCGAAGAUCACUUUAUUAAUUUAUAACAUUGGAAAAAUAUUGGUGACUGCGAAUAUUUUGUUACAAAUGCCACUUGCACAAGAUUCUUUAGCUAGGCAAAAUUCUAUGAAAACUAAAAAAAAAAUUUGUAAAUGUAUAGUAAUUUUAUUUUGAAUAAUUUUAGUGUUUUUUUUUUAUUGUUUUGUAUCUUGAAGUUUUUCCAUUGUCUUGUAUCAUAUGUUUAUAAAAUGGCUAAAAGCUUUACUUUUAAUGUCAUCAGUUCUUAACCACUACAUAAUUUUGUUAAAGAGACACACACAAUACAACAGCGUCCAAACAUUUGUACUUGCCAGAACAUAAAUUUGGUAAAAAUCGUAUUUAAUGCAAUCAUGUAUUUUAAAAAAAAUAUAAAUGCUCAUAUAUAUAGGUUUCACAAACCUAUAACAGUUUUUAUAGGUAUACUGUGAAUGUAUUUCAGAGGAACAUUUAAACAAUAGACAUUCCACUACCCUGAGGAGCCAUAUAUGAAUAACAUUUCUCUAUAAGUACACAACGCCUCAUUCUACUUUGACUCUGUAGGAGAAUGGAGGUUCCUUUUCAUCACACCUGUGUUACAGUUGGAAGCUUCUAGUUUUAUGAAUUAAAGGGAGAUUGCAGUCAACAUGUUUGUUUCAUCUGCAUAUGCUUUUGUCUUCUUUUCUGUUUAAAUUCAUGUUCCUGUCCUGAAUAAAUCAAUGUUUUCUUGUCAUAAUUGCAGAGGUAUGUCCCUUGCCAACAGUGAAGCAGAGGUAAUUGUCUUUAUGAGCCAGUGAGGAUUAGUAGGAUGCACAAAAAAUAUUUGAAACGUGUAAAUACUAAUCUUUUGUAUGCAUAACAAAAUGUUUUUGCGUAUAAUGUCUCUUUUUUAAAGGGACACUGAACCCAAAUUUUUUAUUUUGUAAUUCAGAAAGAGCAUGCAAUUUUAAGCAACUUUCUAAUUUGCUCCUAUUAUCAAUUUUUCUUUAUUCUCAUGCUAUCUUUAUUUGAAAAAGAAGGCAUCUAAGCUUUUUUUGGUUUCAGUACUCUGGACAGCACUUUUUUAUUGGUGGAUGAAUUUAUCCACCAAUCAGCAAGGACAACCCAGAUUGUUCACCAAAAGUGGGCUGGCAUCUAAACUUACAUUCGUGCAUUUCAAAUAAAGAUACCAAGAGAAUGAAGAAAAUGUGAUAAUAGGAGUAAAUUAAAAAAAGUUGCUUAAAAUUUCAUGCUCCAUCUGAAUCACGAAAGAAAAAAUUUGGGUACAGUGUCCCUUUAAGCAAUCUAUAAUUGUUUAUAAUUCUAAAUGUCCCAUAUGACUGUAUGUGUUUCAUGUGAAAAUACAAUAAUAUUAAUUGUUUAAUAAUAUUAAUAAGAAAAUCUGGUCAACCGUGAGAGCAUUACUGAGAUAUAUUUAUUAAAAAAUGCAUGAAAUUUAUCUAGAAACAUACAUUAUUCAAACCACACUUUACAUGUGUACUUGUUUAGUCAAAAUUGAAGUUAUUACUCUUUUUUUUUUUUUUUUUUUUAAAGUCAUCACUGUCCAUAAAAAUAUAAUUAAAGUUGCUCUGUUGCUUUAUAUUAUUGUAGAAAUUAUAUUAUCUAAUUUAAUAUUUUUAAAUCACAUAAUGAUUUUAAAAAUAUGAAUUAUUCUCUUGAAAUUGAAACAAAAAGCCUAUUGUGUUUUUAAAAAUAUGCUCCUAUUUGAAAAUAUUAUAUAUUAAACUGGAUAUAUAGAAUGUAAAAUAUCAGCACAUCUAAAUAUUUUAAUGCACAGUAUAUUUUUUGUAAUUUUUGUAAUUAUUUUUGUCGGUUUGAUCAAAAUUAUUAGUAUGUUUUUGACGCUUAAAUUUAAACAAAAAGUUUACCCCUGAUUCCUGAACCAUUAUAUUGAGUUUCCAUUUACAGUAAAAUACUUGUGUUUCAAACUAUACAACAAUACUGCAAUAUUUCCAGAUCAAAUAGCAGCUUCAAAUAUAUACAGACAUCGAUUUGUGAAAUAAAAUGAUAUAUUGUAUCUUUAUAGAGAAUAUGCUUUUUAUGCCUUAUUUUCUCUCUAUGUGUCAUUGUCUGCAAGUCUACCUUACUAAACACCUGGCUGGGCAAAUUAUUAUAGCUUUACAUGUGACAUAGAUAAAGAUUUGUCAAAGCUUCAAACUCAAUUUAGUACUGUCAAGCUGUUUCAUUUAUUGAUAUAACUCUCAGAUUGCUGUGGUUUCAGUUCUUUUCAGAAUUAUGGAGGAUUUAAGGGGUAAACAGUAUGACUCAUAUGUGCAUAUUAUUAAGCCUGGAAAAAAUGCAAAUAAAAACAAAAAAAGAAUAAAAGAAUCUGUAAUGUGA